CGAAUCUAUUAGACUCAGCAUCUAACGUCCAAAAAAGCCUAGCUGUAGUAGAAUGUUACUUAGAGAGCGGUUUAGUGGAUUUGAAUGAAGGAACAAAUGAAGGAACGAAUGAAGGAACGAAUGAAGGAACAAAUGAAGGAACAAAUAUAGGAACGAAUAUAGGAUCGAAUGAAGGAACAAAUGAAGGAACGAAUGAAGGAACAAAUGUAGGAACGAAUAUAGGAACGAAUGAAGGAAGGAAUGAAAGAAGGAAUGAAGGAAGGAAUGAAGGAAGGAAUGAAGGAAGGAAUGAAGGAAGGAAUGAAGGAAGGAAUGAAGGAAGGAAUGAAGGAAGGAAUGAAGGUACGAAUGAAGGAACGAAUGAAGGAACGAAUGAAGGAACGAAUAUAGGAACGAAUGAAGGACAGAAUGAAGGAACAAAUGAAGGAACGAAUGAAGGAACGAAUGAAGGAACGAAUAUAGGAACGAAUGAAGGAACGAAUGAAGGAACGAAUGAAGGACAGAAUGAAGGAACGAAUGAAGGAGAAAACGCAUAA